AUGGGAGAAAUAGGGUGGAACGGGCUGCUGGUGCUCGUGUGCGUCUCUUUGGCUGCUGUCACACAAGGAAAGACGGUGAAAUAUCAGACAUUUGAGGAAGACGCACCGGGGACAGUGAUUGGAAACUUGGCCAAGGACAUCUCCUCCUCUGCCUCUUCCUCGGGAGGCUCCAGGACCAAUUUCAGGAUGAUGAAACAGUUCAACUCGUCUUUCAUCCGUCUGCGGGAGAGCGACGGGCAGCUGACCAUAGGAGAGAGGAUAGACAGGGAGCGGAUCUGCAAACACACCCUGCACUGCCUCAUCGCUUUCGACGUGGUCAGCUUCUCCAAAGAGCAGUUCAAACUCAUCCACGUCGAGGUGGAGGUCAAGGACAUCAACGACAACUCCCCCGAGUUCCCCCGGAAAGAGUCGAGUCUGGAGAUCUCCGAGAACACAGCGGUGGGCACGAGGAUCCCGCUGGACUUUGCCGUGGAUGAGGACGUUGGAGUGAACUACAUCCAAAGCUACCAGAUCUCCGUCAACAGCCACUUUUCAAUCGACGUGCUCAGCAGGGCCGACGGGGUUAAAUAUGCGGAGCUGGUGCUCAUGAAGGAGCUGGACCGGGAGACGCAAGCUUCUUACGCGCUGGAGCUGGUCGCCAUGGACGGAGGAAACCCGUCCCGCUCCGGAACCACGCGCAUCAACAUCAAGGUGAAAGACUACAACGACAACAGCCCGGUGUUCGACCGGAACAGCUUCUCCGUGGACCUGCCCGAGGACGCGCCGGUGGGCUCCCUCUUACUGGACCUGAACGCGGAGGACCCGGACGAGGGGCUGAACGGGGAGGUGGUGUACGGGUUCGGUAACCAGGUGCCCCCGGAGAUCCGACAACUCUUCAGAGUGGACCGGAAAACCGGGCGGCUCACUCUGGAGAGCCCGAUUGACUUUGAAAGUAAGAACACGUACGAGUUUGACGUCCAGGCCACCGACCUGGGUCCGAACCCGAGCCCGGCCAUCUGCAAAAUCGUAGUGCAGGUGCAGGACGUUAACGACAACGCACCGGAGAUCUCCAUCACCCCCAUGACGUCCAUCACGGCGGGGAUCGCGUACAUCACGGAGGCGGCGGCCAGAGAGAGUUUCGUGGCUCUGGUCAGCACCUCGGACAGAGACUCGGGCGCUAACGGGCAGGUUCACUGCACGCUGUACGGACACGAUCACUUCAGACUGCAGCAGGCGUACGAGGACAGCUUCAUGAUCGUCAGCACCAGCCCACUGGACCGGGAGAAAAUUCCCGAGUACAACCUGACGGUGGUGGCGGAGGACCUGGGCUCUCCUCCCUUCAGGACCAUCACGCAGUACACCAUCAGGCUCACCGAUGAGAACGACAACGCUCCGGUGUUCAGUAAGCCCGUGUACGAGGUGGCUGUAGUGGAGAAUAACGCACCGGGCGCGUACAUCACCACGGUGGUGGCGCGGGACAUGGACAUGGGGUCAAACGGGAAGGUCAGCUACAAACUGGCGGACACUUAUUUCAUGGGCUCCCCCAUCUCCACCUUCGUGUCUCUGGAUCCCGCCAGCGGGUCGCUUUACGCGCUCCGGAGUUUCAACUACGAGGUGAUGAAGCAGCUGGAGCUCCGGAUCACCGCCAGCGACGGAGGCUCUCCGCCUCUGUCCGGCAGCGCCAACGUGUACGUGCGGAUAGUGGACCAGAACGACAACGCUCCGGUCAUCAGCCAGCCCGCUCUCCACAACGGCUCCGCUGAGGUCCUGCUGCCCCGGGACGCACCGAGCGGCUACGUCAUCACCCGGGUGGAGGCGCGGGACGCGGACGAGGGCGUGAACUCGGAGCUGUCCUACGGGCUGGCCACCGGGGAGCCCUCCGUGUUCUCCGUUAACAAAGCCACCGGGGAGAUCUACCUCAACCAGGUGCUGAGCCACGACGUGGACGAGACCCUGAGCGUGACCGUGACGGUGAGCGACAACGGGAGGCCCGCGCUCACCUCCACCGCCACCCUGCACUUUCUCAUCAUCGCCGGGUCCCCGCCGAGCGACAGGACCGUGUACCAGCCCGGUGGCGUCGGGGGCGGCGGGGAGGAGGCGCACGCUCAGUGGGACCUGUCGGUGGUGAUCAUCGUCGUCCUGGCGGGGAGCUGCACCCUCCUGCUGCUCGCCAUCAUCCUCAUCGCCACCACCUGCAACCGGCGCAAGCGGGACAAGAGCGGGGAGGACAGCGACUCGUACGGGGAGAAGGACACGCUGGAGCGGGGCAGGAGCCACGUGGCGGACAACCCGCUCCUGCCUCUGCACGGAACCGGUGGUGGAGGGGGAGGAGGAGCGGGAGGAGCAGUGGGCUUUGAGGGACACUCCUACAGCAGCCAGCCCGGGGGCUUCACCUCUGCACACCCGGGGGGCAGCGACAUGUGCUCGGCCUCAGAGGACGGCAGUGAGGUGCCCUGCGUGUACGACUCAGACAACAACAGCAAGCUCCGAGGGAAUAAACACGAGGGAUACUCCACUCUGCCUGGCUAUGGGAAUGGAAAGGAAGCUGUGAGGCCCAUCACCAUCUGGAAGGGCAACUCCUACACCACCAUCUCUGCCAGAGAUCCAGCCUUCAGUGGCAAAGACAGCGGCAAGGGGGACAGUGACUUCAAUGACAGUGACAGUGAUGUGAGUGGAGACACCGGCCUGAAGAAGGAUGGGGCUGUGGUUCCUCCCAUGGGCGGCCAGAAUGCUCUGUGGGCUUGCACCAGUGAGUGUAAAGUGCUGGGUCACUCGGACAGAUGCUGGAGCCCCUCUGCAGUGAGAGCCAACGCUGCCCCGUCCCCGGCCCCGACCCUCUCCUCCUUCAGCAGCCUCUCCAAAACGGCCUCCCUGCCCCGGGACCCCCACCGCCGGGACAACUACUACCAGGCCCACAUCCCCAAAACGGUGGGGCUGCAGAGCGUGUACGAGAAGGUGCUGCACAGAGAGUACGACUACGUCCUGGUCACCCCGCCCAGGCCUGUGAGGGUGCAGGAGAUCAGCGACAUCAGCAUCCCUGUUUACACCCCCACCCCAACACACUGCCCCAACGAUGACGUCUAA